GCCUGAAUGCCUGCAGCUGAGGAUGAUUCUAUCAAUUCCAAUAUUUCACGGGAAGGAAUUUGGAAACUGCAUGCAUAAAGGAAUUUUCUUUUGCGAUCAGGAUCGCUUCGGGCGCGGAGUAAUCAUUUCUUACUAAAAUACUCAAACGCCGCCCGAGUCCUCCCGAUUCCUUCAAGGCUGACAUUGACAAGAGGAACAACAAUUUUGCGUACGGAUCCACAUAAUCCAAUUGGUCGCUUAUCGUAAGAUCUAACCGAGAGCUUCGGAAAUGCGUGUUACUUACAUAGCACUUCGAGUCCCGAUCGCUGUGAUCGUUUUCGUGAAUCAAACGGCGACUGUUCCCACCUUCUCCAACGAUCACACCACGUCAAGAAAAGGAAUUGAAACGAGACGGGACGAGACUACCACUGGCAUCUCAAUGAUUCGUGACAUCCCCCCUCACUACCCCCCAGCACGCCCAAACCUUAAAGCCUUCCGCGCGCCGGACAAAUCCCAGUCAAAAUUCUUUUAUUUGUUGUGGCGGAUCCAGAUGUGGGUAGAAGGAACGUUUGGGCUUGCAGUGCUUGAGCCUUGGGAGAAGGCUUUACUUCUGAUGAUAUUCCUGAUUACCAGUAUACUGCUAGUUACUGGGAUCAUCCGAUUCCUCCCCCAACAUAUGUUAGAUGUCAAGGGAAGAGUAGUGUACUAUCUGUUUGGUGAUGGGAUUUGAAAGCCUCGGGACCAGGCAUGACAGCGGCAAGUGCAGAUACUGAUCCCAGGGAGUUUGAAGAAAACAGU